AUGGAUUCUCUCGAGAAGUAUGGGGAGUCUCGCGAGACUCCAGUGCAUAAAGAGCAAAAGAAUUCAAAGCGUGACAAGAGUGAUGCCAUCAAGGUCCAUCACACCGAGACAGCGAAGUGUUCAAUGUGUAAUCAAGCACAACAUCAACUGUUUCAAUGCGAGACGUUCAGGAAGCUUUCGCUCGCCAGCAAGCGAAGCGCUGUCGGACAAAGGAACUUGUGUUUCAACUGCCUGAGGGAUGGGCAUCGGGCCCAAGACUGCCGUAGCAAAUCCAGAUGCCAGAAAUGUCAAAAAUCUCAUCACACUUUGCUGCACGACGACACUCGAAACACAAAUUCAACCACCACGGACUCACAAGCCGAGUCUGAUAAGAAGGAAGUGCCCUCCGGUUCAGUUGUUGUUCAUCACGCUGUCUCCAAUAAGAAAGUGCUUCUUCCAACGGCCUUGGUCAAGGUCACUGAUGCUUAUGGAGUGCAGCAAGAUUGCCGAGUCUUGAUCGAUCAGGGUUCCGAGUGUACUCUGAUAACUGAAGCGUGCGCUCAACGUCUCAAUUUGCAGCGCACUCACGCACGACUUGCAAUUAAAGGAACAGGACAAUCCAAUGUUGGCCAAACGAGGGGCGCAAUGGACCUGCACAUUGGUUCACGAUAUGACGCUGAGAAGAAGAUCUCAGUAAAAGCAUUCAUCCUGGACAAGUUGACAAGCAAUUUGCCCGGACAACCGAUCUCUACGAAUGGGAUGAAGCACAUUGAGGGGCUUCAGUUGGCUGAUCCAGAGUUUAACCGACCCUCAAAGAUUGAUAUCAUACUCGGAAUGGAGUAUGCAUGGGAAAUCAACCUUCCGGAUAAGCGAUCGGCUCCUGGCUGCCCGAUUGCCCAGCUGACGAUAUUCGGAUGGGUUCUAGGAGGAGCUGUGAGUGAUGGCUCGCAGCAGGACACAAUUCAGGUGCUUCACACGCACUUGGAUCUCGGAGAAUCGCUUCAGCGAUUCUGGGAAGCAGAAGAGUUGCCGGAAACGAAGUUCUUGACGAAGAAAGAGCAGCGAUGUGAAGAUGAUUUCAUAUCCACCCACAAGCGAGAUGAGACUAGAAGAUUCACGGUCAAAUUGUGCUUCAAUGAGGAUCGUGAGACGCUCGGCAACUCUGAGAAGGCAGCUCAGGCUCGUCUUUUCACGAUGGAGCGCAAGUUCAGGCGCAAUCCGGACUUUCACAGUCAAUACACAGCCUUCAUGGAGGUAUACUUGACAUUGGGGCACAUGGAAGCUGUCCCAGACGCUGAGAAAGACAGGAAGGAGGCUUAUGUUAUUCCACAUCAGGCUGUUGUACGCCCAUCGAGUACGACGACGAAGCUGCGUGUCGUAUUUGAUGCCUCAUGUAAGACGACAAGCGGAAUCUCACUCAAUGAUGCCUUGGCAAUAGGGCCACAAGUUCAAGAUGAUCUCCUGUCAAUCUUGCUGCGUUUUAGGACGUACGAGAUUGCCUUUCAAGCUGAUGUUGAGAAGAUGUACCGGGAGGUACAAAUUGCCAAGGAAGACCGAGACUAUCAGAGGGUGUUUUGGCGCAAAAGCCCUCUCGAACCAGUGAAGUUGUAUCGCCUCAAUACUGUCACAUACGGCACGGCUAGUGCGCCCUAUUUAGCGACACGAGUUCUUCAGCAGAUGGCGAUUGAUGCAAAGGAAUCUUUCCCAGAAGCGAGCAAUGGAAUCCAGUGUGGAUUUUAUAUGGAUGAUCUGCUGUAUGGCGCAGCAACAAUUGAAGAUGGAGUUCGUGUCAGUGACGAAAUCAAGACAGUGUUGAUGGGGGGAGGAUUUGCACUUCGUAAGUGGGCCUCCAAUGCGAAAGAAGUCCUGGGAACAAAGGCGGAGCAUGAGAUUGCUUCCCAUGAAGUCGAUACUGGAGUCAGCACUCUGGGCCUGAGGUGGUAUCCAGAGCAAGAUGUCAUGAAGGUGGAAAUCCACAUUCCACAAGAAGUCGAGACGCGACGCGCGUUUCUGUCGGAAGCAGCGAAGAUCUACGAUCCUUUGGGCAUUGUGGCUCCUGUCACGGUGAGAUUUAAGAUCCUCUUCCAGAAGAUUUGGGCUGCUACGAAAGACUGGGACGAUGCUUUAGAGGAGGAAGACAAACAGGAGUAUGAGGCGAUCCGACGUGAGUUCGAAGCGCUACAAUCAGUUCACGUCCCACGAUGUCUUCCUCAUGAUGGUCACAAACUGGAGUUGCACGCAUUUGCGGAUGCGUCAGAGAAGGCCCUCGGCACGGUGAUCUACGCACGGAGUUGUAUUCAGGGAGAAUGCAAAAUACGUCUAGUCAUCGCCAAAUCCAAGGUCGCUCCACUGAAGCCAUCAUCAAUCCCUCGAUUGGAACUCAGAGCUGCUUGUCUGCUGAGUGAAGUGGUGAAGAAGAUAAAGGAUUCAUAUCCUCACAUGGAAGUCUCCGUGACAGCGUGGAGUGACUCAACAACCGUGUUGCAGUGGCUUCAAUCCCAUCCCAGAAGGUGGCACACAUUCGUUGCCCAGCGCACAGCAAAGAUCUUGGACGUGCUUUCACCAGGAGCGUGGCGGUACGUGCCAACAAAGGAAAAUCCAGCAAACUGCUUGUCGCGAGGCGUCAAGCCCAGUGAACUAGUGAAUCAUCCUCUCUGGUGGACAGGCCCGCAAUGGCUCGCUGAGGACUCAAGCGCCUGGCCAGAGAACAAAGUCAUCAUCCCCAAGAACACAGGUGAAGAGAGAGUCAUCAAAUUGCUAGCUCACGCCACGCUGAAGAAGAGGUUUUCAGUGUACGAUCUCGUGAAGGAGAUCUCGAGCUAUCGCAAAGUGGUGACAAUUGUGGCUUAUCUUGUGCGGAUGUGCACCAAGAAGGAACAGCGAGAAAUAGGCCCAUUGACAGUCAAAGAGCGAAGGAAGGCUUUACUGCAUCUCAUCCGAGAUGUCCAGGAAGAGGAGUUUAGUGAGGAGAUCGCUCAAUGCCGACGGGGGGAGCCUAUUUCCAAGGGUAGCAAGCUCUUCAAGCUAUUGCCUUUUCUGGAUGAAAAUCAAGUGCUUAGAGUGCGUGGACGUCUGAAGUAUGCUGACUUGAAGUAUGAUGCACGACACCCGAUAAUUCUCCCAGGAAAUCAUCGAUUCGUUGAGCUCCUCAUUGAGAAUUGUCACUUGAAGAAUCUUCACGCGGGCUUCAAUCUGACGACUGGCUUGCUGAGGAGUGAAUAUUGGAUUGUCGGUGCCCGGAAUGUGACGAAGAAGGUGCUGAACAGAUGUGUGACGUGUUUCCGACACCGCCCGACUCUCCAAACGCCUGUGAUGGGGGAUUUGCCAGCCGUGCGGGUGAGCCAAAUCCGCCCAUUUGUGAACACUGGAUGCGACUACGCCGAGCCGUUCGAGAUGAAGACAUCGAGUUUGAGAAACGCCCGGACUGUGAAAUCAUACAUAUGUCUAUUCGUGUGUAUGACAACGAAGGCAGUGCAUCUCGAGGCAGUUGGUGAUCAAUCAUCUGAGGGUUUCAUCAACGCACUGCGACGAUUCGUUUCUCGACGAGGCUAUUGUCAGCACAUCUAUUGUGAUAAUGGUCGCAAUUUCGUCGGGGCGAGCGCGAACAGCCCGCAAGAGGAACGGCAUCUUCGUGGAAACAUCUGCAGAAUCAUGGGCGAAGCGAAUGUGCAGUUCCACUUCAACCCGCCGUACGCGCCGACGUUCGGAGGCCUCUGGGAGAGAGGCGUUGGAUCAGUGAAGUUUCAUCUCAGGCGUGUGCUGGGCGAGACGAAGCUCACCUUUGAGGCGUUCUCCACUAUCCUGUGCGAGAUCGAGGCCUGCCUCAACUCCAGGCCACUCUGCGCGAUGUCAGUGGAGCCCGAGGAUGAAGAGAUCCUCACCCCAGGGCACUUCUUAAUCGGCCAGCCGGUGCGAUUGCUGCCCAGUGAGGACGUGACGGACGUGCCGAUCAAUCGGCUGAAGCGAUACGAGCUGCUGCAGAGAGCUGUGCAGAGUUUUUGGAAACGCUGGAAGGAUGAAUAUCUCACGAGUCUGCAGCAGCGCCCGAAGUGGAUGAAAGAAAGCUCGUCUCUUCAACCGGGAGAUCUCGUGUUAAUCAAGGAGGACAACGUGAAGCCAGGAGAAUGGGCACGAGGUCGAGUCAUCGAAUGUCAUCCCGGGAAGGACAACAUCACCCGCGUUGUUUCCCUGAAAACAGCCGGAGGAAUAGUCAAGAGAGCGGUGAAUAGAUUGGCGAAACUUGUAUGA